AUGGCGUCGUCUCUAUCCGACGAGGAGUUCACUCGAAUGCAGGUACAUUCCGCCAAAAAAGUAGCUUGAACUUUUGAUUUAAAGUGGAAACUUGAAUUUUUUCCCCUUUUUGUAACAGACACAGCUGAUUGAACUGCGGACCUUGAAUUACGAGUUGGAAGCUAAUUGCCAAAGACAGCAGGCAGGUUUGUGUUGAUUCCAAUAUUUCCAAGAAAAUUUAAUGUCAGGUAGAAAGUUGACGUUUAGCUGUUUAGCACUCGGCGAUUUCCUUUUUCAUGGAUAGUUACUUUUGGUGAGUUUUCUUAGUUUUGAGUCAAUUAUCCACCUGCGGAUGCUGCUUGCACUAGCUCAACUAUCGAUCACUGAAUUAUAUCACAGCUGUUUUAUUAUUAUUGAAUCGAGGCUUGAUCAAUUAUUAAAGUGAACGGUUUUAACAGGUGAUCCGCCUUUUAAAGUCAGAUGAUGUAUUCAGAGUAUUGAACAGCAUCGAUCUUUUUUGCAUUCGAAUCGAUCACAGUAGUGUGAUGAGUGUACAAUACGUGAAGUUGUAAUAAAAUUUUAUAUUUUGAUGUUAAAAAAACAGUCAUGCUCUACAUGGUAAAUAUUUUACUGUUAAGAUUACUUUUCUUUUAUCAGAAUUGGAUCAACUACAAGAAAAAUAUACUAACUUGGAAAAGGAGUUGCAGAAAUCUACCAAGGUAUGGUUAAAGAAAAGUAGAAAACUCUCCAGAAAGGUUGGCUAUUUGUAUUGGUUUAACUUAACUGAUAUUAUGAUAAACGUUGAUGAAUGUUUUAAUCCCAUUUUUGUAGAUUAUUAACAGGAGCAAAAACAGAAAGGUAUGUUUUUGCAUAAUCCUUUAAAUUAACCAUCCAGUAUGUUUAUAAACAUUACAUGAACAAACCACAGCAUGCAAGUUUUAACCCUUUAAGUCCCAAUAUCAACAUACAAAUUCUCCAAACUGAUCUCCAUACAUUUCCUUUAAGAAUCAGUUGAGAGAAUUUAAUAACAGAUCAAGGUAUUCGCUUUGGUAAUCAUUUGUUAAUUCUCUUAACUGUAUCUCUUGACAAUUACUGGAUAUUUUAGGAGAAAAUUGAUUUUGGUCACUAUCGGGACAUAAAGGGUUAAACUGUGUUACCAUGUACACCUACUUAAAAUGUCAUGUUUGUCUGACUUUUGACAUUUACAUGACAACCAUGGCAAAAUUUGCACAAACAUUGCAAAUUAGUCACUCAACUGAUGUCAUUUGUGCGUUGUGCUCUUGAAUGGUGUAAAUGAAGAUUAAUUGCAGGCAAUAACAGUAGCUGGCAAUCCUAUUCUCCAGGUUGUUAUUACGUAUGUAUGUAUGUGGACAGCAUUCGUUUGGACUUCACUAAGAAUGAAUGGAAUGUACAGAAUGCAAUUUGAUCACGCGUGUUUGGAUCUGCCACCUUUCAUAAUCUGAUCACGUGUGUUUUGGCUACCUGUUAUGUGAAACUUACGCAAAGCACAGCGAUGGAGCAAAAGCGUUUCGUUGCCGCCUGCACUCCAUAACCUAUGGUUAUUACUAGUAUGUACAUGAGUAUAUUUUUUAACCAUUUAGGAAUAUCAAGUGCUCUUGGAGGAAAAUGAAAACCUGCAAAGACAGUUUCAGACACAAGAAGAGAAUUUCAAACUUCAAAACCAAACUCUGCUUGAGGAAAUAAGUAAGGUAAUGUGAAACUUACCUCUAAACACUGAGGGCCUCUCGUAACAGCAUGCAUAGUGUGGAGCUGUACAAUGCAUGAAAUUGAAGAACUCACUCAAAAGACUUAUGCCAGAAUUAAUCAGUCACUCUCUUCAACAACUUAUCAAUCAAUUAAUUAACCAACCAACCAAUCAAAUUUAAUAACAGUCAUUCAGACAAUCAGUCAGUUUGAUUACUGAUGAUCAAAUAAUGAAUAAUAUUGAUCAAUCAGUCAAUCACUUGAUUAAUGAAUCAAUCUUUUAAUCACAGACUUUACCACAGAUUUAUGAAAGUAAUCAUGUGAAUUUUGAAAUUAAUAUAUAUGCAAAUGUGAUAGGCUAUAACUCCAUAUUAAGAUGUAGAAGAAGCUCAAAUGUUUGCUGAAAUAUUACUUAAUUUUGCGAUUAGUUGCAUACACUGUUCUUUAGUUUUAACUGUUGUGUCUUAACCUGUCUCUCAAAGAAGUAUGCUCUCACUGCAGAUAAAAAUUUGACCUUAUAUUAUUUGGUCAUUGUAAGAUUCUAGGAAAACCCAUCCUACCCCUCCCCUAAAUGAAGAUUGACACUAAGUUCUCACCUUGAGCAAAAUGUUGGCUCAGGGGAGCGGUUGGUGAGCAGCUUCCUAUAAUGUUGAUCUAAUCCAUAUCAUAUUUCCUGCCUCUAUUACCCCACUGACCCCUGCUGGUGCUGUUUGCCAUUAUGUGCCUUGAUCAUCUAAAUACCUUUCUUAUUCAAAAUGAACCAGUUAAAUGAUGACAAUGAAAAGCUUCAAAAGCAAGUGGCAGCUAAAGAUGGUGGCCAGGAUUCAGGGGCAGAGGCUGAAAUACGACGACUCAGAGCUGAAAAUGCAGCUCUUCAGAAAAGUCUGACAAGUAAGUCCUUGUCAACAAGCUUUAACAAUUUAUCAAAAUAAUUUGUAGAAGUUAGAGGAUAGCAGUUAUCACCAAAUCUGUACCAUGUAUUUAGAGUUAGCAAGGUUUCAAAUCCCAGGAUAGAAAACUUAUUUGCAUACACAAGCUUUUGAUUCCAUCUCAGAAUCUUUAUCAAGUGACAGACAAUGUAUUAUUAUUUCCAAGAGUGCAUUAUGCAAAUGCAAAUAUAAUUUUAUCUUUACGGUGAGGCAUUAAGCAAGGAAAGGUAUUGCUUUUGUUCCCUGAGCAGUGAAAUCAAAUUUCUUGAAGCUUCUGAUAAUUUAAAUCAAAACUGACUUCUUUUUUUCAGUUAAAAGCUCUAAAUAUUUUGCCUUGAUUUUUUGAGUCUCCCGAUAAUUAUUUGAAACAAUUUCUAUUUCCCCUGGAGUUAUACCAAUGAUCGGUUGAGUAAGAGCUCUAUCUCAGAUUUUUUCUGGAACUUCAAUGACACCGAUAAUGCUUUUAUAUUGCUUUUGAAACAGAUUCUCAGGAGAAGUAUGAAAACGAGCUACUACAGUUACGUGAAAAACUCUCUGAUCAAGAUACUAAUGACAGCUGUCACUCAUCGGCAAUACAAAAUGAUCCGACAUCCAGUUUGGAAGAUUCCCCAGAGAAUGGAGAACAUGAAAGUGAAACCGAACAGAAGCUCAAAAGUGGUGGACAGUUAGAGAAUAACGAGCACAGAUUUCAUGAGAUUCUGAACAGAGAACUAACUGUGUUUUGUGAGAAAAUGUGUAGUAGUAGAACUUGUGAUGUGUCAAAUGAACAAGAAACCAAUGAUCGACAUGACGUUGCAGAAGCAUAUGAAUCAAAUAGUGAAAAAUCUGACGUUAAUGGUGAAAGAGAUAGUAACGAAACAGGAGACAGUGCAUCUACGGUUGAUAAUGAACUCAAACUGGGAGGUCGAGACUUCUUAAAAGAAGUAGACAAUUUAAAAAGAAAACUUGCUGAAACUUUUAUUCCUCUUUUAUCUUCAUCUGAGGGUAAGGCCAUAAAUAGAAUUAUUACAACCACAUAAGCUUUAGUGUCUUCAUUUAUGAUAUAUUACCACGCAAAAGAGAAUUCAUAGCUGGGUAUCGGUAAGUGGGGUGGGGUGCUAAAUUGUGCAUCAAAAUUCUUACUCUGAGUAAUCUGUAGACUCAAUCGAAGCAAAAUGGUCAUUUUCGCAAUCUUUGCAAAUUUUCUAGUUGUAAAUGUUGUAUGUAAGUCAUGAGCCUUCUAUGUCAAACUAUGUAUUUGAUAAAGUCAAAGCUUUCAACAGUCUUAAUAAUCAACUUUGUGAUGAACACAUGUGUUAACUAUAGUUUGAUUCGGCAGAUUUCCUCAGUAGAGCAGCAGUCAUAAGAAGUCCUCCACGUGAACGACGCCAAGAGGUUAGAUCCUCUAGUUAUAAUUAUUUUGUUUGCUGUCAAAUGCAAGUCGCCCGAAAGUCCAAUCUCGCCCUAAAUGUUUAGCCAAGUCGCCCAAAAUGCUGAGUUAUAUGGCUCGAAAUUUUAUCAAACUCAACAACAUCCUAGCAUCCUUUUUACGCAUUUAUCGUGCUUUUUUCGUCUCAUUGAAGAUUAAAGAACGAGUUAUAUUACUCAUUUAUCGCGCUUGUUUCGUUGUUUAUAAAGGGUUAAAGCUGAGCGAGAUGUAUUACUAACACACAAAGGCUCAUUAUAUAUCGCUUGUUUCGCCUCAUUAUCGCUUGAAGAACGAUUUAUGUUACACAUUCAUUGCGCUUGUUUCGUCUCAUGAUAGUUUAUAGAACGAGAUAUAUUACACACUCUCUUUAUUUGUUUCUCUGUGCACUUCACCUGUUAAAAUUCGGGCGACAUGACUCAGCAUUGCGGGCGACUUAACUCUGUUUUCGGGCGACUUGACCGGUUACCAAAUAGCAUUUGAUAUUACUUCUCAACUGGUUUAAGUGACGCCAUUUUCCUUUUCUUUAACUUAAAUCAUUGAUCUUGUUAGCAGGUUGAAAUAAGAAAUAUAGCUCUUGAAAAGCAAGUCAAAGAAAUGGCUGGUCUCCAAUUGCAACUUGACACAGAACGAGAGGAAAAGCGACUUCUACAAGAACAACUACAGGAAGCUGAGGUGGGUCGAAUUUAUUUUAAAAAGUUAACCUAAAAUGUUUUCCAAAUGCGAGUCUAAGAGUUUCUCUUUUUGAAAGUUUAUAGGGUCAGGUUAUAGACACGUACACGUACAAGGAUAGGCUAAGUCACUCCAGUCACUCCUGAGUGCUAGAAACUUUCCUCGCGCGGUUACCGGUUACGGUCAAUUUUUGACGCGCUUGUUUCUUUCUUGCGACUUCGGCCUUGCGGUCAAAAAUGUGUCGUCCGAUCCCGAAUCAACCUGCCGCGCGUGAGGAAAAACUCUCUUGACCCAAGGUAAAGAUGUAAGUAUUACAUGCUCUCUUCUGGAGUUCAGCAUUGUGGAAGGCCGGAACAUACAUGCGACAAGGAAUUGUUCUCUCCUAUUUUUGAACUUGGAUGCAGAUCCUUAGAAUUUAGGGGCUGGACGUUUUAGCUAUAUUUGACAAAUUAAUCGAGUUUAAACAGCGUUGAAGUGUGAGGACUUCCUCGUGUCCAUUUUCGAAGGGAAAACUGUCAUCUGAUGUGCAAAUAUUGUCUUCCAGACCUCGAGCAAACAGGAAAUAUCAAGGUUGGAGCAAGAGCUUGCUAAGGUGUGUGUUGACGAAAUGAUUCAAAAUGUUUUGUUCGGUUUUUGCUGUGAAUUAACUUCCUGUACUUUGUUUAAUGUUCUGCAGUUAACGGAAAAGAUAAAGCGAAAACAGGAAAGGUAGGUGAAAAUAGGUGUAAUCUUCUCUGCAAAGUUCUGUCAUUUCAUGCCUUUCUUGAGUGGUAGUGAUUUUGAAGGAAAACGUUUGUCAUGUGGUUUAAACAUAUGCUGAUUUCAGAAGGUUCCGCAGCUCACGGCAGGACGAUGCAAAAAUUAAAAAGGUGCACAAACUCACCGUAGUUGUUUGUUAUUGUUCUACCGACUCGAAAAGGCGGGACAAAUCCGCAAAUCACCGUGUGGAAGUAACAUUACGACACACCCCAGUUUUUCUUUUCCCCUUGUCGAGCGCCGGUCUAAGCGGGUAGGUUGUAAAACUUUGAGUAGAGUUGUCAACUUACGUUUUAUACCAGUGGUCACUGCUGUAUGUUUAUCUUUUUCUCGUCAGUUAUGUGCAACUGCAAGAGGAGAAAGAGAAACUCUACUCAGAAAACAAGUAAGAGCACCUCGAGCUUAGUUAUGAUUGGUCGAUGGUAUUCAUGGCAACCAUUAACCAAUCACAAGUAACUCUUGUCCAAACGUUCCCAGAAAUCGUUGCGCUAAAGGCUUGUUCCCAUUCACCUUAUAAUUUCUGGAAUGGGAGAAUAACGUCGUUGAUCAGUGCCACUGUCACGGUUUGUUCCUUGGAAAAAGUUGAAUUUGUUGAAUACUUCGCAAGCUCGGAAAAUAGCUGCCUUUGAACACACCUUUUCUAUUUUUGGUUUUAGGAAAUCUCUGGAAGAUUUAAAAGCCUCUAAACAACAGGAAAUAGAGGUACGUGAAGAUAUAGCAUAAAUGAAGUGUUACGUUGAUUGGCAUGAAAAGCCUGUUACCUUGUGCCUUGCGAACUUACCGGUCUCUCUCAGCUUAAGUCGCACCCUAGCCUUCAUCAGAGACCUUGAGAUUCUAAGACGAAGACGAGAUUUACUGAGCCAGCAUCAUUUUGGCGGGAAAAUGUGAUUGUCGUCAUUCUGCUACGAGUUUUAGCGAGAAUGUCGCAGUGGCAGAAACAAGUUAUCAAAUGUUAGAAAAUUUAUCAUUUUGCUCUCUCAACUCUCUCGGUCCAAAAAAGUGCAAUGAAGCUUUCCGGGGUCAAAUAUCAUACUCGCAGUCGUUCACUUCCUCGAAGGUCUCAAUCAUGUUACCCUAAAUGUGAAAUUACGGUAGUCUACUUCGUCUCUUUUAUCACCUCGCCGUUUCCAUAAACCAACUUGACUCUCGCCACCAUUGUCACUUAAAGAGUCGUUUCUUGUUGCAAAUUGUUUAAUUUUUAGUGAAUUUCGUCAGCUAGGAAGCAACGCAAACUCGUCCAAAGCUACUGUUAUCUCUAACGCGAAAGGCGAGUUGGUUGGGGCUGCAGUUGGCUGGGAAACCAUGGACCUGUUAGGCUUUAAUAGAAUGUAAUGUAAGUUUGCGUGUGGAUGGAAGCUGCGCGAGAAGUUAAUAAUAGUGAGUUUACGCAAUAGGACGGCAGGAAGAAGACAACGGCAAAACGUUUGUGUGUGACAAACGAGACAGGGCUAUUACUUGCGUGUUUUGUCGUGAUCUUCACUUAACAUUAUGGUUUUCUGGUCUUUUACAAAAAGAUCUGUUUAAAGGUAAGUGAAGUUUGGGGAAAAGGUGUUUCAAACAAAAUUAUUGUCACGCUCGUCACACAAGGUUUACUGUCUUCUUUCCUCACCUGUCCUGCUGCACUAAUAUUGAAAUUAAAUCUUAAGUAUUUCUUUUUUGUGCAGAUCCUUACUCAACAAAUGGCCAAGCUUCAAGAUACAUUGAAUGAAGCUAAUCAGGUGUGUGCAUUUAUACCAAUGCGAUCGCUAUUUUACUACAUGUAUUUUUCUUUGUUAACAGAAUAUUAUCUACUAUAAUUAUUCAAUUGACAGUCCUUUUCCCGAAAAGUUUAGAUAUCUAGAACCCUGGUGAGCUCAGUUUUGCUUUAUAAUCCGUAUUGUGUCUCUUCAUCUAAGUUGAAAUGUAGGCACCGAUUGCAACUCAUCCAUUUACUGAACGAUAUUUUCUCAGGCCAUGCAUUUCGAUCAGUUAUUUUCAUUUUUUUUACUUGAUAGCGAUACAUGGAAUUCAAGGGAGAGGCGGAAGGAAAAAUCAACGGACUUGAAGAAACCAUGGCCGCCCAGCAGAACCAGGUGAAAGAAGAACUCGAAUAUUAGUUAAAGUGUUCUUGUUUUUAUCAGCAAGUCAAAAUGAGAAUGGAAGGCCUGUGUUGAUAUAUUGACAAGCUAUUUCUUUUUUGCUUCCUUGUAUUUAGGCCACUUCGUCUGCAGAAGAAACGGAGCAGAUUGUCGCAAGUCUCAGGUACUUGUGCGUCCAUAUUAGAGAAAUAAAUGAGGUUUUUGAUAGUCAGCUUCUUUUGCUCGUGCUCUUCCUUCUUUUGCACCACUCUGAUCUUUCAAUGCCUUUUCCACCAGUCCCAGUCUCUUCUCCCCUCCUCUUUCUCGCAGGUUUGGUUUCCACUGCCUAAUGGUAAUUAUAAAAAGUGUAGAAUUCAAAAACAGCUAGGCGAACCAUUCCUGUUUUGAUUUUCGGGCUUGCGACGUCGAACUUCCCGUAAUUUACAUUCAGUUCUAAGCAAACAGUUCGUCACUGGAGUCCGGGAACUGGAGCCGAAAUGCGCCCCGCAGUUCUUUCUGGGAUCUUCACUGAGCAUGCGCCUGUCAGCUAUUGGCCAAUUUUUUCCCCGCCACUAGUAACAGUCCCAGAGGUCUUUGCGAAAGUUAACUCGACCCAGUUUUUUCUUGCUUCUAAAGUGGCGGAAUUCGCCGUUUAUAAGGUAUUCUCCAACGUAACGCAUACCGCCAUAUAUGUUUCUCAGGCAGGAAAAUUCUUCGUUGGUUGCUGAGGUACAAUCUUUAAGGGAGGUAAGGAGUUUUUUUCUUUUGGAUUGGUCACUCUUUGAAGUGUUUUCCCCCAGUCUAAAAGACCAUGACCACUAAACAGGGUUCGCACGCACCUUGAAAGUCCUUGAAAGUCCUUGAAAUUUGAAAUAAAAAGUUCAAGGCCUUGAAAGUAACAGGAAAAUUGGGAUAAUGCUGAAAAGUUUGAAUUUGAUGCUAACUUUUUCCAACCCGAGAUUUUCAUGGACCUAAUAUGAAAGACCUUCAGGAUAAAAUUUGCUCAUGUUGUGGUAGAUAUAAAAAGACAUAGAGGAAAAUUCUUCGUUGGCACUGAAUGGAGUCCUUGAAAAAUGCGAAAUGUGUCCUUGAAAGUCCUUGUAAAGUCCUUGAAGUUUUUGUUCAAAAAAGGGUACGAACCCUGACUAAACAACAUAGUAAACAGCAUAACUGUAGGACGCUGAGACACUUCUUGGUGGUAGUUGCAUGUACAUUAGUUCGCACACUUAAGAAUUUUUCUUCACAGCACGUAUGUUUAUAACUUUUCUCCUUUGGUUAUGUAGAGAGUUAAAACUGCAAGAGAAGAACAGGAGGAAUCUGAGGUAAAAUGCUUGAGUAGUUUUUACUGAAUGCGUAGAUCAUUAUUCCGAAGUUCUGUCGUGACUUCUUUUCACUUUUCUUACAGAAAAUGGGCCCUGUGCUAAGAGCCUUAAAGGUUAAUGUUUCCUUCACAGGUCGACACAUGAAACGAAGUUUUACUCCGCGUUCUCUUUCACUGUGUAAGAUGGUAAUGAUUGACUAACUAAUCCGUUUAUUUUUUGUUUUUGUUUUUGUUUUCAAUUGUUAAGGAUUUAAUAUCUCAGUUGGAAGGCAAAGUUUCUUCGACAGAAUCUCGUUGCGCUGAGCUCGAAAUGGAAGUCGACGAAUUGAAAGCUCACGUGAAGGCAAGUAUACAUGCAAACAAUGUUCCCUACUCUCUCACACAAGUCUGUAGUUCACGUCACAAAAAUUAAGCCCAUAUUCAUGAUGGAGGAACUCCCUCGCGUGUAGUUUCCCGCCUUUGACCGUGGGUGUCUUUCUGUCGCCUGGAGCUGGCUGUUUCCAAAGAUGCACUGGUCAAAGCAAUGUAAGGUGCCCCUUUUGUGCCGUAUAAGAUUUACUGAAUGGCGAUUUUUUUGGUGCACGCCACUACAGGAACAGACCACAGCUGUUGACGGAUGGAACGAGCAAAUUUCACAACUAACCGCUGAAAGGGAUAAACUGGAGGAUUCUCUUCAAGAAAUAACCAAGGUAUUUUUUUCUCAAUGCGAAUUUUAGAAUUCAAGAGCAGUGUUUGCUUAUAUUUAUGCAAGCGAAAGACUUACUUUGAAUAACAAAUGGCACAAUUCUUUGGUCCUCAGUUUAGGUAAGUUUCUCUUGGCUUUUGUUAUAUUUAGGUCGCUGAAAGCCGCAAGAAUCUCGUUGAUGAGAUGGCCAUCGACAAACAGACGGCGGAGACGAACUACAAACAGCAGAUGGACAAGCUUCAGGAAGAACAUAAGGUUAGAUUAAUGUAAUGUAACCUUAGAUCCAGGAAUUCUUUUGUGGUAAAGGGGAGAGAAAAUUUGCAAAGAAAAAAGGGAGAAGAGUUAUUUUCUCUUUGCCCCUUAGAAUGUUUUCUUAAACCUAUCGUAACGUGCGAGCAGUCUCUCUCGGCGAUCUCCAGUCUUGACUUGGGGGGCGGCGGGGGGGGGCGGGGGGAGGCAAAUUUGGAGACUGUGUUCCCCCAACCCCACCUGCAAGCCAACAAUAUCGGAAGAAAAGAGCCGAGAGAGUGCUUGCCUUGUGGAUUUAAUCACGUGAUGGGUAACGAUAUCAAGCGGCCUCUGAGAGAAAUGCUCGUAAUCAGCUUAUUUUUUUUAUUGUUUCUCGCAGAAAGAGCUCAGCGAACUGAGGGAGCACCUAACAGGAGAAAAGGUUAGUACGGUUAUUGUGCGGUCAAGUCAAACUUAGAGUGAAAAGACUAAAAUAUCCAAAUAGUUUGUUCUGUUCUAACUAAUCGUCUUUUCACAGAAACUACGCAAGGAACUGGAAGAAACACAACAGAAGCUAGCAGAGUCCAAGAGCAAACUGCAGUCUGCUGAGGGCAAAAGUGGGUGGUUCGAGCGAAGGCUCACGGAGACCGAGGUAGGGUUUAAAUCGUUAUCGCAUCGUGCAGGAACAACUUGUCUUUAAUAUGAGUGCAGAUAUAAAGCCAGCUGUGACUUGCCAUAGUACUCUGGAUUGGUCACCAGUUAAUAGAGAAGAAUUGUGACGUCAGGUUACCAUGGUAGCAAAUUUUCUGGAUCUCAGAGACGGCCAUUUGCAUUGUUGAACGCUGGAGAAAAAGUAUUGGCUACCGUUUUGUUCCUGAGUGCGGUCCUGCAUAGGAAAGUCAUACAAGCCAUUUUUUUUCUGCCAGGACCACGGUUUGUUGAGAUCCCGACCUUUUGCUACCAUGGCAACGUGACGUAACGACUUCUCUUCUCUAUCUCGCGCUUAAACUUGUUUGGGGGGAAGGGGAGGGGGGGACUCAGACUCAGUUCCGUUAGCGCGCUUGGCUCCCUUUACAGCUUUUCCCGCGCUUUUAGGACCCUUUGUCUGCUUGGGUAUUUUAAUGGUGACGUGAUUAAUUCACUGAUUGGUUCAAGUGGUUUCAUAAUAACUCCUUUUAUGGUCACUGAUAGGAAAGCUUGAAAGCAGAGAAGGAAAGAAGCGAACAAAGUUUAGCAGAUCUGCAGGCAGAACGUCAACGCGAACUGGAAGUGUUACAAGAGGAGAGACAAAAAGAAACAGAAGAGUUUCAAUCACAGAUAACGACUCUACAAGAGGAAAUAGACGGUAAAAGCCAGGAGAUGAGCAAACUUCAUCAGGAACUAAAGGACAAGGAGGUCGAAAAUAGAAUUGCUGGAAAAAAAGGAGAUCAGUUGGUAAAAACGUGUUUGUUGUGAACUAUGUAGACUACGAGCAGUCUCUCUUUUUUGUAGUCGUCGAGCAAAACGCGAGACACGCAAAUGGCCACGCGCGUGACUGAUGCCGCCCUCGUUUCGCGCGUCUCGCGGCUUCGCCGCUCCCGCGCGCGUGCAUUGCUCUCACUAAAUCUGAAGAAACAGAGAGACUGCUCGCAGUCUAUGAACUGUCCAAUCCCCUCAGAGUUAGUCUUGUGUUUUGUGGUUAUGGUUUUGCUUCAGAAAGCGGUCUGUGGAUGCAACCAGCUUUAAACUAUAAUAAUUCCUCGCGAAACGAGGGCCGAAAGAAGGUUAUUAUUUUGUCGAAAUUAAUUCGCAUCGCGUGUACAACGUGCGUAGAUCGUACAGCGAGGCAGAAACACGAGUCGCAGUAACAACCUUUAGGGCUAAUCGAGACAAUGUCAUUGAAUUAUUUCUUCUCCUUUUUUGUUUGCCUUAAGGUUAAAGAUCUGAAACGUCAGUUGAAGCUGGAAAGGAAAAGAGCAGAGCAGUUACAGCAGAAAUUACAAGAAGCGUUAUCUGAGAACCGAGUUAAACCCGGUAUGUUUUUUUUUCUUUCUUUAAAGAGAGCCUCUUCUGCUGUACCAAACUAGAGUAAAAAGAAAUUUUAAGGUUAGAGUCUAAAUCUCUAUGUCUUUUCCUUUCCUUUUUCUUCGAAAUUUUCCGCGCGCCGUUAUCUUGGAUAUCGGUUACUUCACUGUUGUUUUUGAAAGUCCACCUUCGUCGUGACUAGAAUGGAACCCUGAAAUCAUUUUGUUCCGUUUGAUUAAAAUGCUUAAAGAAAGUAGUAAAAAAAAGAAGCGAUGAAUCCAUAAAUUCCGCCAUAGAGUGUACUACAGGAAAAUUCAAAGUAUCACACUUAACACGCUAUUACAAUUUGCUGCCGCUUCUUCCUUUGCAGCAUUUGAAGAUUUAUUCUCUCCUGUAAGAGAAAAUCAGCGUCGAAAUAGCGGGUAAGUAAGUCAUUUUCCGCUCAAUGUUUGCUAAGAACUGGAAAUACUGAGUGAAAUAACCAUUUCCGCAUUUCUUUUCAGUGAUUCAUCAAGUCAUCCAUCGAGGAGUGAAUUGGACAGUCCUGAAUUUAGGGUAAUGAUAGGUCUUAGAAAUUUUGUCAAAUUCUCUCUGUUUCGUUUGUCUUAGUGUUAAAUGUGUUGUUGUCUUUGUAGCCUCCAAGCCCUGCUGCAUCCACAGUGAGCAUGCUCAAUGAUGACACCACUGACCUUAUAGAAAGGCUUGCAGAUGUCCAACAAGAAAAGUGGCUGUUAGAAGAGAAGGUAAAAUUAUAGUGAUAACAAGAAAAGAAUCAGCACUUCUUUUCAUUAUACUCUAUUGAUAAUUGAUGUGAAAAAAUUCCAGUGACAAACUCAGGAGCUUUUUUCAAGAGGUUCCUUGAACGGAUGAUCACACUGGAGUAUUUUGUCAAGAGACUGAAAACCAUUUUUCCAUGUCAUACCUCCGGCUGUUAGAAGAUAAUUUUAAAUUCUGUUUCUUUUUACUUCGAGAUAAGGUGUUUUUAGACGGUACUUUCUGUAGGUAUCAACCAGUACAUCUAGGGUAAAACAGAAAUAGUUUCUGUACCACUGAGCCUUCUAAAUAUUUUAGUUUCGUAACAAUUAUAUUUUUAACCAUUAAACUUUGAUAAAGGAUUUUGUCAAUUAAGUGGUUACUCAUGACGCUCCCAUGCCAACCCCCCCCACACCCCCUCCAUCACUACUGUUACAGCUCCCCACGGAUUGAACUUGUUCCUUUUUACCUUUUGUCUACUUCAUAGGUACAUCAUCUUGAGGAAAAUGCAGCUGCUUUAGCGGAAGACUUAAUUCAGAAGUCAGCCAUAAUCCAAGCUUACGCCAUGGAGACGAAAAUCGGUGAGUGAAAAUGUUGUGCCAUCUAUGACAACCACAAAAAAGCAAAUUGUAUCACGUUCAUUGAGUCCUGGGCAUUUUACUGAAGGUUUUUUGAAGGCAAUGAAGAAUUUAACAAGGUGACUGCGUUUUUUAACAAUUCUAUUACCGAAAUAGUCGUUAACAGGGGGAUUCCUCAAAGGCAUCCAUCCCUCAUGUACUGUAAAACAUCUCCGUUGCAAACGCAAGAAACGAUUUUUUUCCUGUACAGCAGUCUUACAAUGAGUGUCAUAAAAUUUGUCAUUCUGCGGGCCAAUCACAACACACGCUGAACUUCAAAUGAGUCAAUCUGAUAUUGCGAACUUACUAGAAGCGGGCGGCAAGCGCGGGAAAAACACAAAAGAACUGGUCACGAAUUGGGUUUGGUGUUACUUUUGAUUGGCUUAGAAAGUGGCGCGAGAUUUUUCAGCCAAUCACAAAGCACAACAACGUAAAACCAAGGCAAUCUCCUGACCAAUGAUGUUGUUUGGUUUGAUUCGUUGUUCCUCAGGUCCGGUAGCUGAGUCUCCAAAAUCAUCACCAGCCUCUAUUUCGGCGUUGAAAGGGAAGAUUAAGUCUCCUUUUGGUAAAGGGAAGGCAGAGAACACAAGGAAAAUCCAGCUAAUGCUGGAAGAGACACUCACAAAAAACGUGCAACUUCAGAGGGUAAGAAAAUUGAAAAUUCUCAGAGUUUGGUCUAUUAAAGUGGAUUUCUUUGGACGAAAAACUUUGUUGCAUGCUGUUUUUUCCUUACAACAUUUAUUUAUUUAUUUUCGUCUCAGUGCAACAUACCGUUUUAUACAAUCGUUAACGCUCAAGCUGGUUUGUUUUCGAUUUGUUUGCAGGACGUCGAUGCCAUGUCUAAAGAGUUAGAGAAGUUAAAACAACAGGAAGCACCGAAACCGGAAGAGGAAAUGCAGCAACCUGAAGCGAAUCAACCGGAAGUUAACUAAACCUCGGAUUAGACUUAGAUUCAAGUACUAGAGCGCCAACUGCAAAGAUUUAAGAGUCCGUUCUUAGCUAAUAUUUUUUGGCUAGCAGUUCUCUUUAGUCAGUUGCAGGGAAGUAGGUUUGGUAUUAUUUCAGUUUAUAUUAAGCUGAUAAUGCUUAUGCAUGCGAUUCGUUUGGAAUUCAAGUACUUUCGAUUUUAUACAGUCUCUUGAGAAAGUAGUAAGUAACUUUGUUAGCAAUAACUGUACGUAAAGUCUAGAUAUUUAAACAUCGUACAAAUGCUGUUCAUUCCAUGAGAGGACGCCCUCGGAGCUACGUUUAAUUUCUGUUAAGAGGAGAACCACCUUUGUUAAAUAAAAACGUUGUGUCUGAAAGAGAUAAAGACCACGGGUAAAAGCUUGCCGAGUACGGGCGUCCGCGUAGAGUGGUUUUUGAUUGGUUGUUGUACUUCCAAACACAAAGUUAUAAUGUUAGCCAAUCAGAGGCUGACGCCGUCGUCCAGUGAACCAAUCAGACGUCGAAUUAAUGAAAUUCAUAAGACCGGUGCCGAGCGCGGGAAAAUAAAGGGAACAACCGCGAUUGAUUGAGAAAAUCAUGGGAGAAUAUUUAUCCAAUCACAACUUGUGGUAAUGAAACGCUUAGAAUUCGCUUUAGUGGAGGUAAACAAGUUGGAAUCAUCACGGAAUGUCUGUUCGGAGGAGUGCCUUCCCAUAGGUAAUGUUAGAACAAACAGCGUUAAAUGUGAGGCUGUUACAACUGUUAUAAAGAAAGCCCUGCAUUGAAGUUCAAUAUAUUGGAGAGUUUAAGCUUCACGUAUACGGCAAACGGCACUACGUCAGAUUCAAGUUGAGAAAUUCUCGAAAUAAAAAAUGAGCAAAUAAAAACAGCUCAAUACAAUUCUUAUGGAUAAAAAUUGCGUGAAACUACUAAUUUAUGUAUAGAAAAUAAAACAAUAAACAGUAAACGACAAGUAAAGGGGUGACUUGGUCGCGUGGUGCAAAUUCGCGUCUGCCGUUUUAAUAACAAAAUUACGUGAGCCCUGACUUUGUAUAUUAAAAAAAUUCAUGCCAGUCGGAAAUAGCGGCCAGCUUAGCUCUCGUUACUUCUAAUGUGCCCACUUUGUAUUUUAAGCUUAAAUGAUUGCAAUGUUUUCGCAAGAACAUUAUUGUAGUCAUUUCCUUGAAUAAAUGCCAAGAGUACGACAAUGAAUAUAUUAAAAAUCAAAAUUUGGUUUUAUAUCGAUCAAUAUAUACUAUAAACCCUAUUCUAUUUUUUAAAAAUAAUCCUGAUACCUUGUGUAUGCGUAUAUAUAGUAGGACAAAUGUUUGGUAACUUUUUUGAAUACCAAGUUGUAGGAAUAAUGUAGCUCAAAACGUCCAUACUCUAUUGUAUUUGUAAACAGUUCUUAAGCCAAAAAAGUUCAGA